AUGGCUAUCUGUAGCACCUUCUUUGCGCGCAUGAACAUUCGGAAGCACACCUGGCGACACCCGAAUGGCGAAUCGUGCACACAAAUCGAUCACGUUUUGGUGGAUGGACGACACUUCUCGGACGUGAUGGUCGUCCGAACGUACAGAGGACCGAACAUGGACUCUGAUCACUUCCUGGUAGCGUGCAAGAUCCAAGCUAGGCUGUCGAACGUGCUGACCCCGCGGACUGCGAGGAUAGUGCGGUUGAACGUCCAGCGCCUCGCGAGCAGCGACGUUGCUGCAGAGUACAGUCGGAAGCUCGACGAGCGGAUCAACGAGGACGCGCCUACGGGUAACCUGGACGAGCAAUGGGGAGCCCUCCAGAGCAUCGUCAACACAAUGGCUACCGAAGUGAUCGGCACGACCAGAGGACGCAAACCCAAAGGGUGGUUCGAUGCGGAGUGCCAGCGAGUGACGGACGAGAAGAACGAGGCCAGGAAGCGUAUGCUCGUUAAGGGUACGCGCCGAAACUGUGAGCGAUACAGUGAGUUGCGAAGAGCAGAGAAACAAAACCACCGCCGAAAAGAACGGGAGUACGACGAGACGGUACUUGCCGAAGCGGAAGCACAGUACAACGCGAACGAUAAGCGGAGGUUUUACGAAACUGUCAACGGUGUAAGAAGGAAAACCACGCCUUCUCCUGUGAUGUGCAACGACACGGAAGGCAACCUGUUGACAGACAAGACUGCGGUGGCGGCUAGGUGGAAGGAGCACUUCCAGCAGCUGUUGAACGGUGAGACACGAGAGGGAAUCGUCGAGGACAGGAUACACGUUGAGGAAGAUGGAAAAGCUGUGGACCCUCCUAUACGUUGGAGGAAGACGGACUUCCGGCCAAACUUGACCAAGAUUCUGCACCAAAUCAUCCUACGCAUUUGGUGCGAAGAACAGCUUCCGACCGACUGGUUAGACGGGCUCGUCACCCCAAUCUACAAGAAAGGGCAAAGACUCGAUUGUGCCAACUAUCGAGGCAUCACAAUCCUCAACGCAGCGUACAAAGUACUCUCCCGCAUCCUGUGGAGCAAGCUGAGACCGAUGACCGAUGAACAACAGAGCGAACGGUGCGCCCAGUUUUCGUGGUCGAUCGCGCAGCGGGGACGUCCGGGAGGUAGGAGAGAGAAGUCGUUCGUUCUCUGCGGGUCGCAGGCAUCGUUCACCGGCGGCGACUAA